AGUUUUUACUUUCUAAAGUUGUAGUGAUAUGAAAAAUUAGGAGUAAGUCAGAAUUUAUUGUGAUGAAAUUAGCAAUUUGAAUGGGCAUUUAUAAAAGAAAAAAAUAAGUUGUAAAAAGGUUGAGGUGUUUUUCUUCCUCAAAAUAGUAGUUUAAAAUUAUUAAUAGAUUGGAUUUAUUCUUCUUUUGAUUAAGUUAAAUAGUAAUUUUAUUAAUGCAAAAGGAAGCACAAAUAUUUUAUAGAGCAGUUCGAAAAUAGUAAUCACUAUGUUAAAAUAUUUAAUUCAAAAUUAAAUCACGCCUUAAUAGAAGAGGUUUCUUUUGAAUGUCCAUCCAUAUUUUAUAAGCGGAAAAAAAAAAUAAAGAAAAUAUACAACCUUUGAAAGUGUUGCCAACUGUAAAGUGAUAAUUAUUAAUAAAAAUUAUUGA